AUGGAGUCAAUGGCGCUCGAUAAUAUUGAUCAUAUAGGUAAUGCCCAGGAUAUGGGAGAAUCCAGCCGCCGAAGCACCCUGUUUUCACCCCCACCCUGCCCCGUCUGCCCUGCACUCCACACGUCCUCUCCAGUUCCUCAUCAGGAUGCCCUAUACACCCACUCCGACCACCUACCCAAACCCGCAACGUCACGCCCCACACCCCCACAAUAUGACCCCCCCUCCACAUCACCCAAUCUGCCGCACUAUUCACCCCCACCAUCCCACUACUUCCGCAACGGCCCUCCCCCUCACAGUCCUCCAUCCCCUCUCAACCACCCCGAGCCCCACUAUUCCUACCAUUUCUCGUUGCCCCCGCUGUAA